GCUGUCACAGAGUCUCCUGAACAGAGUCGCUUCCACCAGGACACUCCAGGAAGAGACGCACAGGGGAGGAGGAGGAAGAGGAAAACAAUCAGGCCACCAGGAGGAAGGCCCCCGUGUGGCUUGUUGCCAGGAUGCCACAGCCCGGGUAUAAAGGCUGCCUGGGGAAGGAGCCUCCAGACCAGCCCCGUCCUCCACCCUGACUCCACUCCAGCCCCACGCCACCAUGUGCCAGUCCAGCUGCUCCACGGGCUGCCAGCCGGCCUGCUGCGUGCCCAGCUCCUGCCAGAUGUCCUGCUCUGUGGCCUGCGGCCAGGCCUCCUCCUGCAGCUCAGCCUGCUGUGUGCCCAGCUCCUGCCAGACGUCCUGCUGCGUGCCCGUGAGCUGCAAGCCAGCCGUGUGCGUGCCCGUGAGCUGCAAGCCCGUUGUGUAUGUGGCUCCCUCCUGCCAGGCCUCUGGGGGCUGCCAGCCCUCCUGCCCCACCCUGCUCUGCAGGCCUGCCCCCUGCGGCACCCCUACCUGCUGCUGA